AUGCACAGACAGGAUAUGAGAAAGAAAGAUUUUUUUAAACUAAUGAACAAUAGUGUGUACGGUAAAACUAUGGAAAACGUGAGGAAACAUGUUGAUGUCCAAUUAGUCAAUACAGAAAAAAAAGCGAAAAAAUUGGUAGCUGCACCAACCUUUCAUAAUUUCAGAAUUUUUGAUAAUGAUUUGGUUGGAGUACAAAGGUUGAAAAACUGUGUUAGUUUAAACAGGCCCAUAUAUGUAGGAUUUGUCAUACUAGAACUUAGUAAAUAUCAUAUGUACAAUUUUCAUUACAAUCAUAUCAAAAAACAAUAUGGAGAAAGAGCCAAGCUACUUUUUACUGACACAGACUCUCUCACGUACGAAAUUUUAACAGAAGAUGUAUAUCGAGAUAUGAGUUUUCAUACGCAUCUGUACGAUAUGUCAGAUUAUCCGAAGACUCAUGCUUUAUACAAUAUCAAUAAUAAAAAGAAAAUUGGAUGCUUCAAAGAUGAAAUGAAUUCCGAACCAAUACUGGAGUUUAUAGGACUGAGGGCGAAAAUGUACUCUCUACUGUUGGAUGAAAGUGAGAAGAAAACCGCGAAAGGAGUUAAACGAAGUGUUAUUAAAAGGAAACUUAAACAUAAAAAUUAUAGAGAUUGUUUAGAGAAAUCUAUCUUCACCAGAGAAUUACAAUAUAAUAUUCAGAGUAAGAACCAUCAUCUUUUUACCAUGGCUAUAAAUAAAAUCGCACUUUCAGCUUUUGAUGAUAAAAGAUAUAUUUUAAAGGAUGGAGUGCACUCCUUAGCCUAUGGGCAUAUCAAUAUAAAUAAUGUUUAA